UAAACUUCCGGGUUUAAACGUGCUUGUGGAACACAUGUCCACCUCAACACGUUUGUCUGUGGUAGGAAGUCAUAUCGGGCACGUAACACCAUCCGCUUCCACACCAAAGAUCACGAUGGCAGGCCAGAGUGGAGGCAGUAGCCCCCCUUUGACCACUCACAUACUGGACACGGCGCGUGGUCGCCCGGCACAGGGUGUGGCCAUGACGCUUUCUAAACUCGACCAGAGUGGGCAAUGGCAAACAGUGGAAACAGGGAUAACCAACACAGACGGACGAGGUGGGUUUUUUGGUAGCAGUGACAAAUGGACAGCCGGUACUUAUAAACUGUACUUUGAUACUGGAGCCUACUUUGCCAGUCUACACACUAAAGGUUUCUACCCAUAUGUCGAGGUUGUGUUCUAUAUUGAAGACCCGGGCCAGCAUUACCACGUGCCUUUGUUGUUAAGCCCGUAUAGCUACUCCACCUAUCGGGGAAGUUAAUAGGCCAAGUGGGCGAUAAUUAAUAAACAGAAAAUCCACAUAAAGAUAUAUGUUUUUUAGUCAGAAUAUAAUUCCAAUGAUAAUAUUUGUUAUAUAAUUGUUAUUCUAUAUAUGUAAAUCUUUACGUAAAUUGUAUACAAUAAAUGAUGUUAUUACAAAGCACAA